AUGGAGGAGCUCGCCGAGUUCCGAAGCCAAAAUCGAUCCGACCAAUUUCCCUCAAAGAAAGAAAGUGAUAAGGAACCGCCCAGGCCACGCCAUAGAGACGUACCAGAUCGUGACAAGAGUAAUAGGGGGCCGAGGUAUGUGCAGUACACGCCACUCAACACCAGCAGGGCCAAGGUGUUGGAACAAGCCCUGGCAACUGAAGUCUUGGCCGUCCCCCGAAGAGCAAUAACUCCACCACGAACCGAUAAGACAAAGGUAUGUCAGUUUCACCGGAAUAGAGGGCACACUACGGAGGAGUGUUCCGCCCUCCGUGAUCGAAUAGAGGACCUUAUUAAGGCCGGGCACCUUCAAAACUUUGUCCAAUCGAUUGACAACCGAAGGAGUGACCCCCGCCCCGGAAGGGGGGAGUACAAUAGGGAUAACCAAGAUCAUGCACUACCGAGGAAUCGGUCCCGAGAACGCAGCAGGUCUCAAGAUAGAAAUGAGCAGCGAAAUCGUAAUCAGCCCAGGCGGGUGAUAAACACCAUUGCCGGAGGCUUUGCGGGAGGAGGAAGCUCUUCCUCGGCCCGGAAGAGGCAUUUGAGGGCCAUCAAAUCGGUCAACGCUAUAAGACGGCAUCCCCCAUUCUUGGGCAUACCGGAGCAGGAAUUGACGCUGUACGGCGAACCCUUGGUCGGAUUCUCGGGUGAACGGGUGGACACCCGAGGGACGAUAGAGUUAUAUACCUACUUCGGGGAAGACCAACGUAGGCGGAUCAAAGUACGAUACGUUGUGGUGAGCGUGAACACAUCGUACAACAUCCUUUUAGGGAGACCUUCCCUGAACAAGCUACGAGCCAUCGUUUCCACUCCUCACUUGGAAAUGAAAUUCCCAUCCGAAGAAGGCGAAGUCAUCACACUACAUGCCGAUCAAAAGAUAGCCCGCAAAUGUUACCUCGCCAGCUUGAAAGUACAGCCAACUCCGAAGGCAAGCCAAGGACGAGAAGUCAACGUCAUCGGGGAGGUUGGCCAACACGAGACAAUGGGGGAUUUAGAACUCGACCCCAGAGUAGAAGACGAACACAGGGUCGAACCAACCGAGACAACAAUUCCUUUCCAACUCGGAAAGAUGCAGGAACAAGUCACAUAUCUAAGCUCUCAAUUGACGGAGACUGAAGCAGGAGACAUUAAGCGUGUUUUGCUAAAGUAUUCAGAUCUAUUCGCCUGGACAGCGGCCGAUAUGCCAGGCAUUGAUCCCACUUUCCACUGCCACCGUUUCUCGGUUUGCCGAGAUGCCAAGCCAAUUGCGCAGAAAAAGAGGAAAAUAGGAGGAGAAAGGUCCCAAGCAGUAAAAGACGAAACGACUAAGCUGCUACAGGCAGGAUUCAUCAGGGAAGUAAAGUAUUCCACUUGGUUGGCUAAUGUAGUCAUGGUCAGGAAGGCAAAUGGCAAGUGGCGAAUGUGCACUGACUACACGGACCUCAACAAGGCAUGCCCAAAGGACGCCUACCCCCUCCCACACAUUGAUGUGUUGGUUGACAGAGCGGCAGGACACCAAAGGCUAAGCUUCCUCGACGCAUACUCGGGGUACAACCAAAUACCUAUGUAUCCCUCGGACGAAGAAAAAAUGGCUUUCAUAACGGACUCGGCCAACUUUUGCUACAGAGUAAUGCCCUUCGGCCUGAGGAACGCGGGAGCAACCUACCAGCGCCUCAUGAACAAAAUUUUUCAGAAACAGAUCGGAACAUGCCUGGAAGUGUAUGUUGACGACAUGGUGAUUAAAUCUACCUCGGCCAGUGACCACUUGAAAGACCUCGGCACAAUAUUUGAGGAAGUAAGGCGGCACCACAUGCGGCUAAAUCCCGCAAAGUGCACCUUUGGGGUAGCGGGGGGAAAAUUCCUGGGAUUCAUGUUAUCUAAUAGAGGCAUAGAGGCCAACCCCGACAAGUGUCAGGCUAUUAUCAAUAUGCAAAGCUCGCGCAACAUCAAAGAGGUGCAACGGUUAGCCGGACGCAUUGCUUCCUUGGCUCGUUUUCUCCCCUGCAUGGCCGAGAAGUCGAAGCCCAUAAUGUCCCUAUUAAAAAAGGCUACCAAGUUCCAAUGGAGUGAGGGAUGUGAAUCAGCUUUUCAGAACUUGAAGACAAUACUCGCGACCCCACCUUUGUUGACCAAGCCUGACCCCCAGCUGGAUUUGAUAGUGUACAUAUCAGUGUCGGACAAAGUCAUUAGCACCGUCCUGGUACAAGAAAGAACCGAACAAAAGCUGGUAUAUUUUGUCAGCCGGGUACUACAGGAUGCCGAGACAAGAUAUCAGCACCUCGAGAAGACAGCUUUAGCUCUCGUGCACACCGCCCGACGCCUCCGGCAUUAUUUUCAGAGUCACCGGGUGCUGGUCCGAACGGAUAGCCCCAUAACUAAAGUCUUGCGCAAACCAGAAUUGGCAGGACGAAUGGUUACUUGGUCCAUCGAACUGUCACAAUUUGAAAUCCGUUUUGAACCUAGAGGACCCAUUAAAGCACAAAGUUUGGCUGACUUCGUGAACGAAUUCGCGCCAUCAAUGCUUCCCGAGUCCGACCUUUGGACUUUACACGUGGAUGGAUCCUCUAACCAACAGGGUAGCGGCGCAGACAUCAUUCUAGAAGGCCCAGGUAGAGUUGUGAUUGAACAGUCACUACGGUUCGGCUUCAAAACGUCCAACAACCAAGCCGAAUAUGAAGCUCUCCUGGCAGGACUGAGGUUGGCUUAUGAUUUAGGCAUCACAACAGUUCAGUGUUUUAGUGACUCACAAGUGGUAACAGGGCAAGUCAACGGCACUUUCCAGGUUAAAGAGCCGACGCUGCUUUUAUACUUCCAUGCUUUCCAGAAACUAAAAAAUAGUUUCAAAAUUGUUCAAGUCAUAUACACCCCCCGGGAACACAACACCCGGGCCGACCAGUUGGCCAAACUAGCUAGCACCAAGAAAGCUAGUCAUUUGCGAAGCAUGAUGCAGCAUGAGCUGCUGAGACCAAGCAUUAAUGAAGCCGAGUCUAUGCAGGUUGAGCAGAAAAACCACUGUUGGAUGAACGCCUUAGCACACCAUCUUCUUACCGGGGAAUUACCAGAGGAUCCUCGCGAAGCUAAGAAAUUGAGGGUUAAAGCAGCACGAUACACCUUAAUUGCCGGAGAAUUGUAUAAGCGAAGCUUGUCGGCUCCACUACUGAAGUGUCUCGCCCCUGAACAGGCACAAUACGUCCUACGAGAGAUUCACGAAGGUAUUUGUGGAACCCACUCAGGAGGCCGGACCCUGGCAGCUAAAGUCAUCCGCGCAGGAUAUUAUUGGCAAACUUUGGCCACGGAUUGUAUUGAAUUUGUUCAACGAUGCCAACCAUGCCAACAAUUCGGUCCGUUAGUGCAUCAACCCCCGGAAGAGUUGCACUCUAUCACCGCCCCUUGGCCAUUUUCCAUUUGGGGGUGUUAA